AUGGAAGAGUACUCAAUACAGUAUUUUGGCUUUACUCCCAAAUCUUUUUGUAAUGGAGUGUAUAAUGCUAUGAAUGAAUACCUGAGUGAAUGCAUCAAAGCUGUAAUGGAUUUUAUGACAAUUGAGUAUGCUGACCUUCUGUCUGCAGACCAAAUUGAAACGGGAAUAUCAAAAAUCCUUGCACAGUACAGUGAAGUCUUUGAUCAAAAUUUUGAUCGUUUUGAACUCUAUUUCUAUCUGUUCAAUUUGCUACCCAUCUUCUCAAAUUUUUAUCUUUAUGUAUUAUCCUCUUUGUCUCUUCCUUUUGCCUCUCUUCUUCUUUUCCUCAAACUUAUUUCUCUUUCAUUGCUCCACCUAUGUCUUGUUUGUUUUCUUUUUUUCUCUUUUUCUCUCUCUACUAAACACUUUCCAUUCUGUCUCCUUUACUCUCUUUUAUUGAUUUCUAUUUUUCUUCCUUUCCUUCUUAUUGUGGCUAUUUUCCUCAUUAUUUCUUCUUCUUCUUCUCUACUUCUUUCUUAA